CCGCGCGGCGGCUGCACUAUCGAGGCCGUGGCUGGAUCUGAGGUCUGCGUUGUGUUUGCCGCUUCUACGCGGGGGACUCGGUGCAGAGCGCGGCCCCUUGCACACUGUUUGUUGGAAGAGGCGCUGUGGGGCAGGAAAGAGGUUUCCGCUUCCCCUGAGCGUGAGGGAAGCCCCUGUCGCUCGGCGUCCUUGUGCUGUCUCAUGAGGCGUCGGAGCUCUUGCCGUGGGGCAGAGCAACUGUGGUCUUCUGUAGUGUUAGGAGUUGCUGUUCCCCAGGUUACCUCGGCUCUGUGAAUGGCUGUGGUUCCCAUCAGGACAGGACUUUGUUACUGCCCCUGCUUUUCUCAGAAGGCAGACUACUACGAAGCAAAUCGGUGGGGAACCGUUCUUGUAGCUGCGUCCUGGUACCUUGGUAACUGGCCACCUUUGGAGGACAAAAGAUGACGAACACACUUGGCUCACUGGUCACUGAUGAACUGAUGUCAUCCCAGUGUCCACAUGUGAAAGAAAAAAAUCAUGUUCUGCCUUGAAUUCAGGAGAUAAAGCCUCAAGUCUAUGCUGAGAUGCUACACACUGUGUUGUGGCGUUGGGGACAGUGCAUCUCCCACACAGAGCAGCUGCUUGCUGACCUCUCAGAGGUAUUGAUCCAGAUGGACAGAGCAACGCAGCGUCUAGAGCCAUGGAAGAUAGCAGUCAUUGUUGUGGUGGUGAUAGCAGGCUUAGCCCUCAUCAUUGGCUUACUAACAUUUUAUUUGUGCCAUGAUCAGGACCGGUAUUACAAUGCAUCGUUCCUAAUCACCAAUGUCAAGUACAAACCUCAGUAUGAAAGACAAACCACAGAAGAGUUCAGAGACCUGAGUGAAGAGAUUGAAACCAUGAUGUCUGCAGUGUUUAAGGGGUCCUUUCUAAUUAAAAGGUACAUCAGGUCCCACGUUGUCAGCCUAAGCCCAGAUCCUGGUGGAGUGCUGGCAUCGGUUGUUCUGGUAUUUAAAUUUGUCUCGGCUGACAGUCAGGCAACAAGCUUGGGUCACAUCAACCGUGUGUUACGCAUAAGGCUGCAAACAAGCUCCAACUCCUUGAAUGUUGACCAGUCUACCCUUAUUAUCACAGAGUUGAAUAAGGAAAAGGGAGACAACCUUCUAAACAACUGCUGUGGAAUACGCAAACAGCUGUUUUCCUUUUCGGGAGUGGAGAGAAUAAUUGACGGGCAGCGUGCUCAGGAGGGGGAAUGGCCGUGGCAGGCUAGUAUUCAGCUCGAUGGGUCCCAUCGCUGUGGUGCAUCAGUGAUCAGUAAUACCUGGCUAGUGACUGCAGCCCACUGCUUUAGAGGAGUACAAGAUCCUCGGAGAUGGACUGCCAGCUUUGGAAUUCUGCUGAGACCUCCAAAACAGAAAAAAUAUGUCCAAAGAAUUAUUGUUCAUGAAAGAUACGGCAACUUUGUACUUGAUCAUCAAUAUGAUGUGGCUGUUGUGGAACUUGCCUCUCCUAUAGAGUUCACAAGUGAUGUGCACAGUGUCUGUCUUCCUGAAGCAUCUCACAUAUUCCCAGAGAACACCUCCUGUUUUGUCACAGGUUGGGGAGCUUUGGAGAAUGAUGGCCAAAGUGUUAAUCAGCUUCGACAAGCAGAAGUGAAAAUUAUAAGUACUGAGGUUUGUAAUAGAAGAGCAGUGUACAAUGGAGCGAUAACACCUGGAAUGUUGUGUGCUGGAUACUUAGAGGGGAAGGUGGAUGCCUGCCAGGGUGACUCUGGUGGCCCACUUGUGAACGUGAACUCCAGAGGAAUCUGGUAUCUCGUGGGAAUAGUGAGCUGGGGAGAUGAAUGUGGCAAGCGAAAUAAACCAGGAGUGUAUACGCGAGUGACUUACUAUCGAGACUGGAUCGCCUCCAAAACGGGCAUUUGAAACCUGCAGCGGCUUAAGUUUUGUGGGCUGUGUGUAAGGCUCUUCCUCUGACACAUUCUGCUCUGUGGCUGCCCUCUCACCAGCUGCUGGCAUAACCUGUGGUCCUGUAUCAAGUGCCAGUGAGCUUGGAGUAGUCUAGGACUUGAAGUUGGUUUGGCCUAAAACCAGAAAGGAACGGACUUGAUGCAUGUGACAGCUUGUUUGUUCAGGAAGUACUCUGACAAAGGGACAACUGUCUCGGUCUGUAUGCAACAUACUGACCAUUUUUUCUCUGUGGCCAUAUGUCUUGGCCCCUAUUUUUACAGCCAGGCAAAGUGUCUGAGCUUAAACUAUCAUUUACCAGCAUCUGUGACAUCUUCUGUGUGCUCCUGAGGCCCCAUUGAUCCACAGACCAGCUGGAAUCCAGCCCUUGAUUUGAAGGCUGCUGCACUUUGGAAUUCUUUUUGAGAUUUUCUCCUGCCUCAUUCCAGGGAGCAUACUCUAAUGAAGACCAGAAGAUGGCUUAGAGAAGUCCUGGUUCCUAAUAUCACAUCAGAGUGUUACCUAAGUGAAUAGAGAAUUUUUCCUUGCUGUGUUGUCCUGAAAAAGAGAUUGGUCAAAACCAUCAGCUUCUGUCCACCUUCUUUGAACAAGCCCACUCAUCGUUUCAUAUGAACAGCUUCUACCACAGCAUUUGCUGUGAGAGUGAUGUGUGAGUGUGACUUAAGACCCCAAACCACUUUAUGUUUAUUCCAGUCUGUCAUAUCAGAGUAUGUGGCUGAAUUGACUUCCAUUUUUAACUUUCCAGAUUGUAUUGUUCUGAAUAAAAGUCUUUGGCUUCUCA